AUGCCUAUACAACUCGACAAUAAAUCUGCGUUUAACCUCGAACGGCUGGAUAGAUCCUCUAUAAGAAACGGUGUUCAACCUACUGGUGAACAUCCUGAAGGGAUUUCUCCUCUCGAAGCUGUAAAUUUGUAUCGUGAUAACCUAUCGUUGCAUGAGAGGAAAGAAAUUUUGCGCUACGAGAAAAUUUUCUAUGUGGGCUGUACAGCUGAUAAACAUUCAAUAUCAAAUUGCUCACAAUUUUCUAUGCAAAAAUUUAAUAAUCAAAUAUUACAAUAUUCAAAUGAUAAAGUAAAUCCAUAUCAUAAUAAUAACAACAGUAAUCAUAAUACUAAUAAUAAUAAUCCAGACAAUCAAUCAAUGUUCAAUGAUUCUGAUAAUUUCUAUCGAAUUAUACAACAUGAUCAUAUUGCCUAUCGUUAUGAGAUUUUAUCACUCCUCGGUAAAGGUAGCUUUGGACAAGUUGUCUCAGCUUAUGAUCAUAUGAAAGGAUGUAAAGUUGCUUUGAAGAUCAUUCGAACGGAACCACGUUUUACACGUCAGGCACGUGAAGAGAUACGUAUAUUAGAAACAUUAAGAAAUAUGCGUGAAUCUUCUGGUGGUGAAUUAAAUCGUUAUGAUUUUCCAAUUAUUAAUUUAUAUGAACAUUUUACAUUUCGUAAACAUAUUUGUAUGACAUUUGAAUUAUUAAAUAUUAAUUUAUAUGAUUUAUUAAAAUUAAAUAAAUUUAAUGGUUUACCAAGAGAUCGUGUAAGACGAAUAUGUUUUCAAGUAUUAAAAGCUUUACAAUUUAUACAAAAAGCUGGAAUUAUACAUUGUGAUUUAAAACCAGAAAAUAUUUUACUUGUUUGGCCACAAUUACCAGAAAAUGAAAGUACUAAUAAUAAUAACAGUAAUAAUAUUAAUCAACAGAAUUCACACCAUCAAUAUGGUGAUAAUUAUUAUAAAAAAUGUCAACAACAUCAAAAUCAUUAUAAUGGUAAUAAUAAUAAUGGAUAUGAUCCACUGAAUAAUUUACGUUCAAUGUAUCAACGUGUAACAGAACAAAAAGAUUAUGUAAAAUUAAUUGAUUUUGGAUCAAGUUGUUUUCAAAAUGGUCAGCCAUAUCCAUAUAUUCAGUCAAGAUUUUAUAGAGCACCAGAAAUUCUACUUCGUUUAGGCUAUAAUGAAGCAAUUGAUACAUGGAGUUUUGGAUGUUUAGUGGCUGAACUAAUAAAUGGUUUACCAUUAUUUCCUGGAGAAGAUGAAACUGAUCAAAUGGCUUGUAUCAUGGAAGUAUUAGGUCUACCACAUCCAACUCUUUUACGUCAUUCAUCAGAACUAGAUCGUUAUUUCAUAGAAUUCAAAUGUGAUAAACUGAAACCAUCUACAUUGGAGUUUAUGGAUAAAAAAGGUGUUCGGUUAAGUAGAGAUGUUGUGUAUCUACCACGUUAUUGUUCAGUACGUUAUCCAGAUGGUGAUAGUCCUCCACAAUUAUUACCAGGUAUUUCAAAACGAGGUGGACAUGUUCGUGGUAUACCAAGUAGUUUACCAUUACUUCAAGCUAUUACUCAAUCAAGACUACGUCGUUAUAAACGUAAAGAUACACGUAGUGUAUCCAAUUUAUCAUCAACAAUAAAUACAGCCAAAAUGUCGGAGGAAGAAGAAAUUUACUUAGAUAAAGAUAAUGAAUUAGUUGUAAAUUUACUAUCAUCUUGUUUAACUUGGUUACCUGACGAACGAAUUCAAUCAAACAAAGCGAUUAUGCAUCCAUGGUUUAAUCAUUUCUAUAAUAAUAAAUCCACUAUUGGUUUUCGUUCACAAGUACGUGUUAGGAGUAUGGAAGUAUCAAAAUUUGCACCAAAUAAUAGUAAAUUAGCUAAUGAAAUUAACGAACGUCAUUUACUUCAUGAUCAUCGCAAUGGUCAUGAAUCACUGAAUAAAGACUCGUUAUUGCAUAAAAUCAAUGGAUUAUGUAAUAGUGGAAGACAAAAAACAUCACGAUUAAACUUAAUUAAUAGUCAUUUGGUCAAUUUUGAUAUUAUACAUAAUAAUUCCAUUGUAGAUGAUUCAGUGAGAAAUAAUCCUGAAACUGAUGUAGCGCCAUGUAUGGUUGAUACACAGAGUAGUCCGAUUCAAGAGGAAGAAUUGAAAAAAACUCGUCGUAACUCUCAAAUCACCAUAGUGCAACAACAGCCAUCAUACUUGGUUACUGUUUCUAAUUCGCCAAAUACAUGUUCAAAAAAUUUGUCACAUUCAACUCAACACACUGAUAAAAUGUCUUCUUCUGGGAAUCGGCAUGUUACAUUCAUUUAUUCAAACAAUAUGAAUAGUAAUGUUAUUGAUAAUAGAACAAUAGCAACGGCCGCUACGAUGACAACGACGACGGUUGCUACUAUUGCUAAUAGCAGUAAUCAAUGUGCUGAUAACAAGUCAAUCGUACCAGAUGACAAUCAGGAAGGUCAAUUACUGUCUGUAAACUUAUCAUUUAAUCAUUUAAACAGUGAUAAUAACAUUAGUAGUAAUAUUGAUGGUGCAUGUGAUGAUGUUACUAUUAGCAAUACAACUAGCAGUAAUAUAAUUCAUAUGAAUAAAAAUAUUUUGAACGAUAGCACUAUCAAUAACAGUAGUAGUACUAUCAAUAGCAGUAUUAACAGCAAUGCCAACACUAGUGCUCUUGACGUAUUGCUUCAACAUUCAGAUUUAGUGACAUCAGUUCGUCGGUCGUCACUUAUUGGGUCGUUGACGGAAAUCAAUAAUUUAAAUGGAACCCAAUCCGAAGUUAUUGUAGAAAAAACACGUCCUCUAAUUCAUACCAAACCUGAUGCAAUAUAUCAAAGUAAAAAGCUAUCAGAUCGUAAUUCAACUAGCAAUAAUGAUCGACCAUUAUCAGAAUUCACUCACCAUCAUCACCAAAAUAACCAACAUCCGGUUACGGAUCACGGUAAGAACAAAAUUAUCACAGAAAAUGAAAGUGAUAGCCCAACUUUUCUGAUCACUGGUCAUUGCUCUGACUCAACACCUCAUCUACCUAACCUUAUGUCAUUUAAUAUAAAUCACACUAAUAAUAAUACAAAUAGCACGAAUGCGACAGUGUGUAAAAUCACAAAUUCACCAAAUCGAUAUUCAUAUUCCAAUUUGCAUCAAUCAGUACCAUUUGUGUCUUCACUGACUAUUGACAAAUCAUUAAACAAUAGUAUGAAUAACAUUGUAAGUAUACAGAAAAUGAAGCCCGCCACUGAUGUGACCAUGAUAAAUGCCUCAGCCAAACGAUAUUCCGUCCCAACACGUUCAAGGUUGAUUGAUAUACCACAAGCAGAAUAUGAAAUACCGAUUAUUGAUCAUAAUAAUAGUAGUAUUAAUUACAAUCAUAUCAAUGACUACGCUAAGCAGGAUAUUCAUUUUAUUCCAGUUACUUCAUCACAUGUGAUAAUUUCAACGGAUUCAGGUGUUUUGCACAAAUUAAAUACAACGUGUAAUAAUAGCACUAGUAAUAUAACAAGUAAUGGUCUGUAUAGAUAUCCAUCUAGCUAUUACAACCAACAACAAUGUGAUGCAUAUCACAAUCAUAAAAAUAACUAUCAAUAUCGUCAGCAACAACCGCCAUCAUCGCAGUCGGUUCAAUUACAACAUCAAGAACAGUUCAAUCGUCAAACCUCCUGUUGGUUGGCUAACAACAGUAACAACAAUAACAACUGUUACAGUAACAACAAUCGUAAAAUUCUGAACUUUACAAGAAACCUUACAGAUCCAAAAGAACAUUCUCUCAACAGUCAUUCGAAUGGGAUCAAUUCAACUAUUACAGGAAUGAAUAGUUGUGGCACUAUAAAUUCUACCAUUAUACUCCCAGAAAUUGCCCCGAAACCACCUGUUCGUACAAAAUUAAUUAUUUCAAACAGUAGUAAUAAUGAUACUUCUAAUAAUACUGAUUACAAAAAUACAAUAAGAUGGCGUUCAGUUAAAUCAUUAUCAUCAGAAGACUAUGGCUCUGCAAAUCUAUACGGCCCACAGCCUUACAGUCAACCACCCAUUGAAUCACAUAAAAUUAUUGUACAACGAUUACCUCAAUUCAAUUUGAAUAAUAAUAAUAACAAUAAUGGUCAUGGUGGUUAUACAGAUCAAAUUUCAUCUCAUUAUACUCAAUAUGAAACUUGA